AUGUCGAUCAGUCUUGUAUUCGUCAGCAGCGAGCAGGCCCCUGUGUUCACCGGCCAGAUGCUUUUUAAUGGGAACUGGAUGCCAAUAGAUGUCAAAGUGGAGAUGUUCCUAUUUUCGCUUCUGGAUUUGGUUUAUGCAAACCUUGCCAAGCAGAUGGAGCAACCCACCGUAGAUUGUCUCAUGCUAAAGAUUGCAGAAUCGUUGGGCUAUGUGGCCCAUGCAUAUGUAACCGUUGACAGGUCCAUACUCUUAAUGUUAAUUCCUGUAGAAGCCAAAUGCAAUUCUAAUCAAUUAAAGCUUUUUUUCCUUGCCGCAGAGGCUCUCCUUGCAGCCGAAUCCAUGAAUCCGUUUUACAAGCGCUCGACACACGUUAUGGAUGAACCCUUCUGCUUUGCUUUAGCCCAGAAGCUUCACGCCCAUUUACUUAAUAAAACUUGGGGUUAA